CCGUUAUCAUUCAUCCUCCACAUCAUCAUGAUGCUGAGCUGAGACCACCCUGUUCCUCUUCCUAUUGCUUCUGUACCUGACUAGACUUCCCUUCCUUUUCAUCACACACCAAACGCAACCAUUUCCCCCUUUUCGAAAUUACAACCCCUCUCUUCUCUUCCUCAAUUUCCCCUUAUUUUUAUUCCAUCACUUUACCGUCACCCCUCUCUCUCUCUCGAUUCAUCCUUUCAUUUCGCCGGUCAUUCAAAUCUGCAAAUAGCGUAUUGAGGCGGCAUACGGAUAGGGUAAGUGUUAAUUUCGAGGAUUAUGGAACGACGAGGCGUGAUUGAAUGAAGCUAAAGGCUUAGGUAUGGAUGAAGAAUUGGUUGCUGGGCCCACAGAAUUAGAGAUUGACGAGGAUUCAGAGCACCAGGGCAAAGAAGAUAGGUAUGCGUUAAACACAAAAAUCUUAAAAUCUCAAGAAAUCCCUAGAGCUGUUAAGGGGGAAUAUGAUGAACUCGUACAAGGUAAAAACGUUGCAGAAGCAUCACAGCAUCCGCAUCAAAGCCUUUUUAGGGAUGUUGAAGAAUUAACUGUGAAAAGUUACAAUGGUUCUACUUUGGAUAUUGGUACAUCCAGCAACCGACAGCAGAUUUAUAAUAAUAAGCAGAAUCGUUGGCUGAAUCUUUCUCAGGUAGGGAGCCAUUCAGGGCUUGGAAACGCUGUCCAGGAGGAUGCUGAUGCUGCUGGGUCCACAUCUUUUGCACAGCUACUAGCUAGAAAAUCACUCAGUGAUGGUCACACCAAUGUUAUUGAACGCUUGGAAGAUUAUGAGAAUAAAGAGAUUGCAGCUGAUGUUCAUGGACAAAUUCGGACGAAAAUUAUAUCCAAUUCUGGAUUUGCUGAGUAUUUUAUUAAAAGUACCUUGAAGGGUAAAGGUAUCAUAUGUAGAGGUCCAUCUUCUGAUGUCCUCGCCGUUCAGUCUAGAGAUAAAAAUCAGAUGAAGACUGGCACUGAUACUGAUCAGAAACCGAUGAAGACUGCCAUUGAUAUCGGUGAGAAUAAGAUGAAAGCUGGCAUUGGUACAGAUCAGUAUCAGAAGACUGGCAGCGAUAGUCCGUGGAAGUCUACCAUAUCGGCAAGCUGUGAUUCCAUAACUGCAAAGUGUCCCUCUUAUAGUAGUUCUGUGCAUAGACCAGGAGGAUUUGGCUAUGGUGGUGUAACUUUGAGAGAAUGGUUGAAAUGUGAACAACACAAAGCAAGCAAAGUGGAGUGUUUGAAUUUAUUUAGAAAGAUUGUGGAUUUAGUGGAUGAUUCUCACUCUCAGGGAACUGCAUUGAACAACCUAUAUCCAUCUUACAUAAAAUUAUUACCAUCAAACCAAGUCUUGCACAUCGGGUUACCUAUACAAGAGCAGAUGUCAGAUAGUGUUGUGAAUUCUGAAGUUCUUCACUUAAAUGAAUCUUUAAGUAGUAAAAGGCUGUCAGAGCAAGUAACAUUUCCUUCUCAUGACAUGGUGUCAAAGAAACAAAAAUUUAAUGAAGGUGUGAGAAUAUCUGGGAGUGAUUCAUGUCUUGAAAAUGCUAGUGAUAGAAAAGCCCGUACAGUUGGAUCACAGGAUUAUUGCAAUGAAUAUGAAGAGGAUAUCCAAUAUUCCAAAUAUAAUAUUAGGAGGAUGUCUAGCGUCCCUCGCGUAUCCAGUGCAGGUCGGUCACCGUUAUCUUUAGGUGAAAAAUUGGAAGAAAAGUGGUAUGCAAGUCCUGAGGGGGGAUGCACAACAACAUCAAAUAUCUACUGCUUAGGUGUCCUCCUUUUUGAGUUACUUGGCCAUUUUGACUCUGAAAGAGCUCGAAUUGCAGCAAUGUCUGAUCUUCAACAUAGGAUUCUUCCUCCGGUUUUCCUUUCAGAAAAUCCUAAGGAAGCUGGCUUUUGUCUCUGGUUGCUGCAUCCGGAACCGUCAUCACGUCCAACAACUAGGGAAAUCCUACAAUCUGAAGUGAUCAAUGGAUUGCACGAGUUGUAUAAUGAGGAGUUGUCAUCAAAUAUUGAACAAGAUGAUGUAGAAUCAGAACUGUUACUGCAUUUCCUUGCCUCACUGAAAGAGAAGAGGCAGAAGGAUGCCUCCAAAUUAGUAGAAGAAAUUAAGUGUUUGGAAUCAGAUAUUGAGGAGGUGGAGAGGAGGCAUGACUCUUCGGAUCUAUCUGACUCACAGAAUAAUUACUCUUGUCAGAGAAAGAUUGGAGAGGAACCUCUUAGUUUAGAAAUGCUAAACUCAGUAUCCAUAAUGUCCAAUUCAAAUGAUUUAAGAUUGUUGAGAAAUAUGUGUCAUCUUGAAAGUGCUUACUUCUCCUUGAGAUCCAAAGUUAGGCCCUAUGAAACAGAUGCUGCAACUCACCCUUAUAAUAAUUUACUAAGAUGCCGUGAGAACUGGCAUGUGGCACAAAAAGGUGAGGAACAUGCUGAAAAGAAAGAUUCUUUAGGAACCUUCUUUGAUGGUUUGUGCAAGUAUGCACGUUAUAGCAAGUUUGAAGUACGGGGUGUACUUAGAAAUGCAGAUUUUAAUAAUCCUGCAAAUGUAAUAUGCUCUCUGAGCUUUGAUCGGGAUGGAGAUUACUUUGCUUCCGCUGGAAUAUCCAAGAAAAUAAAAGUCUUUGAUUUUAAUGCACUUUGCAAUGACUCUAUUGAUAUCCAUUAUCCUGUAUUUGAGAUGUCAAAUGGAUCGAAGCUCAGCUGUGUUUGCUGGAAUAACUAUAUCAAGAACUAUCUUGCCUCCACAGACUAUGAUGGUGUAGUGAAGCUAUGGGAUGCUAGCACAGGUCAAGAGUUCUCUCAGUUAACUGAACAUGAGAAAAGGGCAUGGUCUGUUGAUUUUUCUCCAGUAUGCCCAACAAAAUUAGCCAGUGGAAGUGAUGAUUGCUCUGUCAAACUGUGGAACAUCAAUGAGAGAAACUCUCUAGGCACAAUCGGGAAUGUUGCUAAUGUCUGCUGUGUUCAAUUCUCUGCUCAUUCUUCUCACUUGCUGGCUUUUGGAUCUGCCGAUUACUCUACAUAUUGCUUUGAUAUUCGCAAUCUUAGAAGUCCCUGGUGUGUAUUGGCUGGGCAUCGUAAAGCUGUGAGCUAUGUCAAAUUUUUAGACUCUGGAACACUUGUUUCUGCAUCUACUGAUAAUACAUUAAAGAUCUGGGAUCUCAGUAAAACCUCUCCUGUGGUUCCAUCUGCCAGUGCUUGCACCCUAACGUUGUCAGGGCAUACUAAUGAGAAGAAUUUUGUGGGUUUGUCGGUUGCUGAUGGAUAUAUUGCAUGUGGUUCAGAAACAAAUGAGGUUUACUCCUACUAUAAAUCGCUUCCCAUGCCAAUCACUUCGCACAAGUUUGGGUCUAUUGAUCCCAUAUCUGGUAAGGAUACUGAUGAUGACAAUGGCCAGUUUGUUUCAAGUGUGUGCUGGAAAGGGAAUUCGGACAUGCUUAUUGCAGCAAAUUCAAGUGGAUGUAUAAAAGUGUUGCAGAUGAUUUAAAGGAAAGUUAGCCUUUGAUGAUUGCUCUCUUACAGCUUGCUCUGAAGUUUUGUCCCUGCUGCUCAAGCCGAUGCCUUCAAUGACUUGAGGAACGCGUCCAAAGUUCUUCUGAGAUAUUGAGCUCGGGUUCACAAUUUGAUGUGGAAGGGAUUGAAUUUCCCCAUAACUGGAUGGAGAAGCUGAUCUGCUAUCUAAUUCCAGGUCUUGGGUUCAUCUUGAUGAGGAAACUCGGGGUUUCAUAAUUUCACAUCGUCAAAUGGGAAAGGCCAGUUAAAUAUUGAAUGAUCAAUCUUUAAAAGCGGAUCCAACAUGAAAAAGAAAAAGACUUCAGAACUGGAAGGCCGGGUGCUGAGUUUCUUCUAAAGCUAAAGAAUGUACCAUGUUGUCUGCAAAUUGCUUAUUGGAGCCUUUGUAAAUUGCAUUGCGGUCCUUUACAGCUUUACAGGCUUGUAGGAAUAAAUGAUUGUUUAUCAUCAAAACAUAAAAGCUGCUUCAUUACCAUGAAAGGAAAGCAUCCCCAGAAUUUCAAUUGUAACCCAACCAGUGGCGGCCUCAGCACCCCUCCUCCAGCGGUUGUAUAUAUAUUAAGGCCCUGCUACACAUACAAGUAAAAAGACCGUACAAGUUUUACAAGUUAUCAGCCCAAACUUUAUUAACAUGCGCACUAACUCAUUUUGAAUGGAGCGUAACUACAUGCGCCCCACUCAAACGGUUCCUCUUCGUCUUCUUUUUCUUCCUCCUCCUCCUCCUCUUUCUCUUCCUCUUCGUCUUCUUCUUCUUCUUCUCUUCUUCUUUGUCUUCGUCUUCUUCUUCUUCCUCUUCCUCUUCCUCUUCCUCUUCCUCUUCGUUUUUUUCGAUUUUCAUGGUUUCUGAAAUUCUUCUUCUUGCUGCACGUUCUUCUUCCUCUUACUCUUCUUCUUCUCCUUUUCUUUCGUUUAUGCACGUUCUUCUUCCUCGUUUUCUUCUUCUUCUUCUUCAUUUACGUCUUUUCUCUGUUUUCUCGUUUUUUUUUCAAUUUUUCAUGGUAAAAUCGUUUUUGAAGAAGAAGAAGCAGAAGAUGAGGAGGAGAAAGAGAAAGAGAUCUGAAUUAUGCAUAAGGUGUACUUCAACGAAUUUUGGGUGUAUUUUCUUAAAUUCUUUGGGUGUAUUUUCUGUAACCCUUUGGGUGUAUUCUAUAAUCGUUUGGGUGAAUUCUUGUAACCGUUUGGGUGUAUUUUUUGUAAUCCUUUGGGUGUAUUUCUGUAAUCAUUUGGGUGUAUUUGAGUGAUAUCUGACUGAUAUCUAUGGGUGUAUCUGAUUCAUAUCUAUGGGUGUAUCUUACUGAUAUCUAUGGGUGUAUUUUUCAUUUCAGAAAAAAUGGCAGGCAUUACAGAAAUACACCCAAACGGUUACAGGAAUUCACCCAAACGAUUAUAGAAAUACACCCAAAAGAUUACAGAAAAUACACCCAAAGGAUUUAAGAAAAUACACCCAAAAUCAUGCAUAAUUCAGAACUCUUUCUCUUUCUCCUCCUUAUCUUCUGCUACUUCUUCUUCUUCAAAAACGAUUUCAAAGCUCGAUAUCAAAAAACAAUAGAAAUCGAGAAUAACGAAAAAAGAAAACAGAGAGAAAAGCACGUAAAUGAAGAAGAAGAACAGAAAGAGGAAGAAGAACGUGUAGCAAGAAGAAGAAGAAGGAGAAAGAGAAGGCAAGAAACGUACCUUGAAUAAUAUUUCUUCGUUUUUUCUAGUGAUUUUGAUGAAGGAGAAAGAGAAAACGAAAAGAGGAGAAGAAAUUUCAAUAAAAAAAAGAGGGAGGAAGAGAAGAAAAAGAGACACAGAGAAAGAGGAAGAAGAAGAGGAAGCACGGAGAAAGAAGAAGAAGAAAAAGAGGCACAAAAAAAAAACGUGAAACGGCAUGAAUAAAGCGCGUGUAAGUGACGUAGGAAUUGCAACACGUUUUGGUGAAUUAUGCAUUAAUAAACUUGUAAUAGUUACAAGCCCUAAUCGCUUGUAUACUGAGCUUUCCCCAUAUAUUAAAGUAGCAUAGACCGACAUGAUGAUAUCUCAAAUAGAA